CACCCAAUCUGCAGGCCAUAUCUUCUCCAACAGUGAAAUUAAAGAAGACAAUCAAUCUGCUUCCCAUAGCCCCAUAACCUCAAAGAUGGGGAGACCACGGCUCAUUACUACAUUUCUAGCCCUUUUGGCCCUUUUUGCCGCAUCAUCAACACAAGCCCAGCUCCAGAUGAACUUCUACUCCAAGUCCUGCCCCAAAGCAGAACAGAUCGUGCUCGAUUAUGCCACCAAGCACAUCUCCAACGCCCCUUCCUUGGCCGCUCCCCUCCUCCGAAUGCACUUCCACGACUGCUUCGUCAGGGGUUGCGAUGCUUCUGUGAUGAUAAACUCCACGGCCAACAACACGGCGGAGAAAGCCACCGCUCCCAACCUCACGCUCCGAGGGUUCAGCUUCAUCGACGGCCUCAAGACCCUCCUCGAGAAAGAGUGCCCCGGCGUCGUCUCUUGCGCCGAUAUCCUCGCUCUCGCCGCCAGAGACUCCGUCGUCCACAUUCAGGGCGGUCCAAACUGGCAAGUCCCCACCGGGAGAAGAGACGGCAGAAUCUCCAACUCCACCGAAGCUCUCAACGCCAUCCCUCCUCCGACCAGCAACAUCACCACCCUCCGGACCCUCUUCGGCAACGUCGGGCUUGACUUGAAAGACCUCGUCCUCCUCUCCGCGGCGCACACGAUCGGGAUAUCACACUGCAACUCGUUCUCGGCCCGGCUGUACAACUUCAAGGGUCGGGGGAACGGGCAGGACCCGGCGCUGGACAGCGAGUACGCCGCGAAGCUGAAGAUGAAGUGCGUGAACACCACCGACAACGUGACGAUCGUGGAGAUGGACCCGGGCAGCUUCCGGACGUUCGACCUCAGCUACUUCCAGCUGCUGCAGAAGAGGCGGGGGCUGUUCCAAUCCGACGCCGCUUUGAGGACGUUCGACCUCAGCUACUUCAUCAGCCAGUUCGGGUCGGGUUCGGUGCAGAGCUUCUUCUCCGAGUUCGCCAGGUCCAUGGAGAAGAUGGGCCGGAUCAACGUCAAGACCAGGUCGGCUGGCGAGAUCCGGAACACCUGUGCGGUGGUUAAUUAA